AAAUCACAGCAAACCAAUGUGAACCAGUGUCAGGCCACUUCUGUGCAGUCAACAGUUUUUGAUCAUGCCAGUUGUGCUUUAAGCUCCAAGAUGUCCUUCAGAGUGAACUACUCUCCCCUCCUGCACACACACACACCACCACUUCAGCCACGACAUAAAGAGUGUGACGUAGCCUACAGCUCCGGUAUGAAAGGGCAAACUCUGCUUGGUAAGGCUGACAGUGCAGUGCUGUGUGGGUCUGACCCACCUGAUGACAGCGUCACAGCUCUGAAAGCUCACCUGUGGCCGGACGGUGCAGAGGAAACUUCAGGGAUGGAGAGGCUGCUGAGGAAAUGUCAGAUCAGAAACCAGCUGGUCAGGGAGUGUUUGGCUGAAUGCCUUGGGGUCUACAUCCUAAUUCUCUUUGGGUGUGGCUCUGUUGCCCAGGUGACCACUACUCAAGAUAAGAAGGGGCAGUACCUGUCCAUCAACCUCGGUUUUGCCUUGGGUGUAACAUUCGGGGUGUUUGUGUCUCGCGGAGUCUCAGGUGCCCAUCUGAACCCAGCUGUGUCUCUGAGCUUGUGCGUUUUGGGCAGACAUCCAUGGAGGAAGUUGCCCUUCUACGUCGUCUUUCAAGUGUUCGGAGCCUUUCUGGCUGCAGCCACCGUUGGUCUUCAGUACUAUGAUGCCAUCUGGGCAUACAGUGGAGGUGAGCUGACAGUCACGGGACCCACUGCCACUGCAGGCAUUUUCUCCACCUACCCAGCAGACUACCUCAGUGUAUGGGGAGGUGUAGUGGACCAGGUGAUAGGCACAGCUGCACUGCUGCUGUGUGUUCUGGCUCUUGGAGACCAGAGAAACAGCUCCCUCCCUGAUGGUCUACAGCCUGUACUGGUGGGAGCAGCAGUGCUGGUUAUUGGUAUCUCAAUGGGAUCCAACAGCGGCUACGCCCUCAACCCGGCCAGGGAUUUAGGACCCCGACUGUUCACGUAUAUCGCCGGCUGGGGAGCGGAUGUUUUCAAGGCAGGAGGUGGUUGGUGGUGGGUGCCCAUAGUGGCUCCCUGCAUUGGCGCGCUGCUGGGAACACUGAUCUACGAGCUGAUGAUUGAAGUUCACCAUCCUCCAAGUCCGUCUGAACUCCAGACGUCAUGUCAGGAGGCGACUGAGGGCAAGACGCAGCUGGAGCUGGAGGGGGUGGAGCCAGAUGGUGAUGUGGAAAAACCCAGGAGCUGAAUGUAGUCAUGACAAUUUGUCACGUGUACAGUAACUGCUACCUGACUUUGAUUUCCUGGAACAAAUAGAUUUGUUCUGAUUGCAAAAAACAUUUUGUGGCAUAAUUACACAUGCAAGCACAAC